UGCUCUAAAAUAAUAAAUGUUACGAUUUUCUUUGCCCCAAGGACAUUAUAGGGGCCCUCAUACCAGGAUUUUGAUGUCAAGCGUUUUGCCUCCCGUGCCGGUCCUGCCUUGCCAGGCCCACCCAUCGAUGCACUUCUGUGAGGGGGCAGCUGAAGUCUCCCCGUUCCCCGCUCACAUUGUGGGCAACCUUCCCUCCCUCCCGACAUAGAAGUACAAUAAAUAAUAAGGGAUAGAGAAAAGACUACAUUCCCCAGCGUUCUCUGAGGCAGGGAAGCGGAAGUGAAAUGAGUCCGACUUGUAACUCAACCGUUUCCUCUAGUUCCUAAUGCAGGAGGAAGCAGGGAAGCGAAGCGGUGCUGCUCCAGCUGGCUGGAAAUGCUGCAGAGCCCCGGUCUGAUUUCCAUCUUUUCCUCUUUGACAGGGCUCCUGGGGUCUUUAACGGCUGCAUGACAGGUACUGCUUCAACCAUGACCAAUCCUGGAGGGCAAGUGCUUUGCACAGAAAGUUAUGGCUCUCGCAAUGCUCAGCACUAUCAAUCCUUACCUGAUGGCAGGCUGAUCUGUGUUUCGGACAGACCGGAAGGUCAGGGUUACCGUUCAGUACGAGAUAUCUUCAUGUCAGUCUUCCUGCCUCAGGGUUAUCCUGAAAGUGUGAGUCCAGAUUACCUUGCCUACCAGAUUUGGGACACGGUGCAGGCCUUUGCUAGUAGCAUCACAGGGACACUGGCCACCCAGGCCGUGCUGAAGGGGGUGGGAGUCGGGGACGAGACUUCGACGGUUACGGCCGCCACCGUCACUUGGAUACUGAAAGAUGGGACAGGAAUGCUGGGCCGGAUUCUGUUCGCCUGGAGCAAGGGGAGCAAACUGGACUGUGAUGCUAAGCAAUGGAGACUUUUUGCAGAUGUACUCAAUGACGUGGCCAUCUUAAUGGAGAUCCUGGCUCCUGCAUUCCCAGCAGGCUUCACUUUCAUUGUGUGUCUCAGUGGAUUCUUCAAGUGCAUUGUGGGAGUCGCUGGAGGUGCCACCCGGGCAGCCCUUACCAUGCACCAGGCCCGGCGAGACAACAUGGCAGAUGUUUCAGCCAAAGAUGGAAGCCAGGAGACCCUGGUGAACUUGGCUGGCCUGCUCUUCAGUCUCCUCCUCAUCCCUCUUGUAGCUGAGAAUCUCCACCUCACCUAUGCCUUCUAUGGUCUCUUUACGGUCAUGCACCUCUAUGCCAACUAUCGGGCAGUGCGGGCUGUCUGCAUGGAGACCCUCAACCGCGCCCGCCUCCGCCUGCUCUUCCGCCACUUCCUGGAACGGGCAGAGGUGCCGGGCCCUGCUGUCGCCAACCCACAAGAGCCUCUGCUUUUAGGGUUCCAUGAACCACUCAAGAUGAUCCUUGGAGCUCCGCUUCACUCAGUAGCUUCCAGCGUUACUGAUUUCCAGAAAGUCCUUGAGGGGAAUACUACGAAUUACUUAAUCUUCUUCAACCACUCAGAAGGGACUGUUUCCAUUCUCCUACACCGACAGGCUGACAGUGUGGAUAUGAUUAAGGCCUGCACCCAUGCCCUCCUCCUGGAGUUCCUGCUGUGCUGGGAGCUGCCAGCACGCUUCUUGGACAAACCAUCUGCUAUGGAUCUGCGGUGUCGGCUACGUGAAGAACCUAAUAAGAAGGACUGUGCUGUACUUCCGGAAACACAUCAGCUUUUGGACAGAAUCUUUCCCAAAUUCCUGACAGGAUUGAGAGCUGCAGGAUGGGUAACAGACCGGAACCUUCUAGGCCCUGAGGAAUGGCGUGUGGAUUGGACCACUGCUGGGAAGAAAAACCUUUGAUUCUGCAAGACAUUUAUCACUGAUGCCAAGGAUAGGACCUUCCCACCUAGAAAGGAGCAGAUCCCAGUUGCUGCAACUAAUACCAGUAUUUAGAGGCAUCUGGGCCUGCCUUUGCCUUGUAUGAGAUUGGCAAAGCUGUAAUGUCCAAAUGGAGCAGAGCUGUUGGUAAAGUAUCCUCUCCCUAAAUCCUGGGGGUGCGGAAGGCAGGAUCAUAAUAAUAAAAAUUUGCAGUAAAUUUGA